AUCGAGCUGAUUAAAUGCGGAAUUAUCUACAUAAAAAACGAUUUUCGCAUUGUUGACCAUGUUCUGGAAUUCGGCCUUGAAAGAGCGACGAUGACAUCUGAGACAUGUCUACUAUUCAAUAGUAAUGACGACGCGACAGAUAGGAUUUCUGGUCCUUGUUGCCAUAGUAAACAAUCGGUCAGAAACUAAGCCGAGAGAAGAGGAUAAGAAGUUUGAAAAUGCUACUGAUAAACAACGAACACACGAAGCAACCGCAAUAACAUUUAAAUUCAUUCACAUGUAUCGGCUGGAUACGUGCUCUUUCAGUACCAUGGACAAGGUCAGUUAUACCACAAAAACCGCUGAAACGUGGUAGAAGAAAAACGAUACCUUCAGCAAAUAUAAAAGUUAUUAUGCUUAUUUUAAAGACAUAUGAAUUCGCUGUUGAUAAUAUAAUAGAUAUAUUAUCACUCCAUUCGGAGUUAUGUUUAAGAAAAUCAAUGCUGUUUUCCGUCCGAACAAUGGGCAGAGAUGUCGGGACGAAUACAAGUCAGAGGACUACCACAACGCAUGUACAGUGAAGCUAGUGCGAAGUACAUCCAUGCUUGUUGUGGGCGAAACCCAACAACAAAUUUCCGAUUCGACGUUAAAACGUAGCAAAAGUUCUGUGGACAUAGAAUCCGCCACAGCACUUCAGUACUACCACCGACAAGAGGACCGGAUUUGGCUAUAUUCUCAGAAUCGCGACUGUCUUCAGUAUUUGGAGGAUCUGGUGGCUUUACGGAGGCAGUAUAAGAAUAAUGUGAGCCAUCUGAACAGCAAAGGUCGGAAAGCAACGAUUUCCUCCAAAAAGAAGUUGCCACCCAUACCACCCUCUUCUAGGCGUGAGAAGACAUCAAAAACCAAAGCCACGGCACCUCCAAUCCCCAAUGAAGAGGAUACUCUUGAGUUUUUUGAUUCUGUCAUUGCAAGUUGUGACCUGGAGCCCAAGCGUAAACCUAACUUGGACAAUGGACAUGCUGACGUAGAUUUCAUUGUGGCCACCAGCACCAGUGAGCAUGACCUCCACUCCAACUGGGUGCUGCGCAACCCCAGGAGGUUCUCAGUAGAUGAGGACAGGCUGAAGAGACCGGAGGCACAAAAGAGUGACAGGGGCAGUGGGAGCAGUUCAGUGGGCAGCAGGAGGCAGCUCCAGCGGAACCCCAUCCACCUGCCAAAGGUGGUGGAGAGUGCCUUACAAACCCUGCGUUUUAAACCCAAGCUCAGAAAGAAGGACUAGAUCCCUCAGGCCCUGCCCUACUUGACUGUCCUGGGGCAGGUGAGGAAAGGUUGAGGGACUGGACUCUGGACUAUGUGUUUUGAGAGAGAGUGCAGCACUGUGUGCAUGUCUGUGUUGCCACUAAUGUGUGUUGAAAUUUGUUAAAGUGAAUUCUGUAACAUUUAUUACAAUGAAAAUAAUAAUAAAAGUAAUAAUUUAAUUUGUAAAUCACCAACACCUUCACAAAAGCACCUCAAAACAAAUGAAAAUUAUCAUUAAAAAUAUAUAUAUAAUUGUUAAAUAUGAAAAUAAUGAACAAGGUCAUGUUGGAAAAUAAGAUACUGAAAAAAUGAGAUUCAAUAAUUCAACAAGAAAUUAGUAGACUGUCUAACCUAAGGUGAAGGCAUGAAAUCAUGCACCUUACACCUGGAAUAGUCUCAUGAAUAAACCACCAAGCUCUUAGUUCAGAAGUAUCUAUUUCACUCCUAUCUCUUACAGUCCUGUAUCAAGCUCCCAUAGUCGCUCCAGUAUUUUUUUUUUUAGUUUGGCAGCUUGGCUUCUUUUGUGCUAAGGACUCACUCAGGUGUUACUAUGGAAACUGAAGCAACUGGGGUUACAUCAGUUUGAAUAAUAUAAGUGAUCUACACAGUAAAAUGUCCCAUGUUAAUUCAACUGUAACAGAGUGCAAUAUGGACCAUAUGUACUCUGUAAGAAGUGACUUAACACUAAACAUUUUACUGUGUUGUCAUCUGACUGGCCUUAGUCUGUUUCCUGAUCAAGACCCAAGUGCCCAACUGAACCAGUUCCAGUUUAUUGAUGUGCUAGUUAGACGGCCCUAUUCACAAAUUGCUAUACAAAUACUUUUACUCUCGAGCAAUAGCCAUUUUACUCGUGCAGAGUCAUUUUACAGGGGAUUCAGUACAAAUGAGAUAGUCCUUAUCACUGACCCUUGAACUGCAACUGCAUUUAUUUAUUUAUUUAUUUAUUUAUUUAUUUAUUUAUUUAUUUAUUAUAUUAUUGAUGACAGCAAUGCAAUGCCAUGCAAUCACAAAAGGAAAUGAUUACAAAAAUCAUGUAAUAAUAUGUAAACUUUAGUUGUGUUUCAAACUGAAAUCAGUUUUUAAAGUAAAAAACUGUGCUUGAUCCAGGCAUGAGCCGCUGGACCUUUAUAGAUACAAUGCCCUCCAAAAUGAUUGGAAUCCUUCCUAAAGCUAUUCAAUAAAGGAUGUAUAAAAGAAAUAACAUGUAAUAAGGUAUAUUACAUUUAUUGCACAGAAACUAGCUAUAUUGCUAUAUUAUUGUACGUACACAAAACAAUGGAAUAUGGUUUCUUUGAUACAAAUACAAUCGUACAGACAACACGUUUUGUGAUAGUUACAUAAAGGUACAGUCGAGGCCAAAAGUUUACAUAGAACUAGACUAAAGACAUUCAACUCAAUUAUUUUUCACAACUCCACACAUUUCAUGUUACCAUACAGUUCCAGUCAAUUUGGGUAUCUACUU